AUGUCCACAAAAAAUGCUAGUGCAGGCUUAUGGAGCACUUUGGAACCAAAAUUAAGUCCCUUCAUUUUAGAAACCUUGGCCACCAUGGGGUUCACCGAAAUGACACCUGUACAAGCAGGAGCCAUUCCGUUAUUUAUGAAAAAUAAAGACGUAGUUGUUGAGGCUGUAACUGGCUCUGGAAAAACUCUUGCAUUUGUCAUUCCAAUUAUUGAAAAAUUAGUACGUCUAAAAAAACGAUUUGCCAAAAACGAGAUAGGUGCUUUAGUUAUAACUCCUACAAGAGAAUUGGCCCAACAAAUUUCAUCAGUAUUUUCGAUAUUCCUUAAAGACUCUGUGACACCAUUGCUAAAGCAUGCUCUCAUAACUGGAGGUACAAGUACGCUUCAAGAUGAUAUUUGUUACAUUAAAGAAUUUGGGCCGGAUAUUCUAAUAGGAACUCCUGGGCGACUGGAGGAUUUGCUGGUUGGUAGAGGUGCCGCAAAAAAUCACGUUAAUACUAAAGAAUUGGAAAUUUUGGUAUUAGAUGAGGCCGACAGAUUAUUUGAUAUGGGAUUUUCUCAAUCUCUAAACAAUAUUAUUGCACAUCUGCCUAAACAAAGACGUACUGGAUUAUUUUCCGCAACGAUGACCGACGGGCUUGCUGAGAUUGUACGCGCUGGUUUAAGAAACCCAGUAAGGGUUAUGGUUAAAGUUGAAGAUCUUGUAUCUAAAGAUGUGCAACGAAUUCCUGCAACGUAG